ACCCAUUGCAGUUAAAUCUCUCCUCGAUCUUUGCGCUCAACAGCCUCGGCAGCAUUCCUACUCAGCUCCGUUUCCUUGUAUUCAAAAUGCACUGGCUUUGUUCCAGCGCUUCAUGCUCUCUGCUUCCUGCCGAUUCAAUAGCAGCACUUUCUCUGUCCACCCCCUCUCUUUGUACGGUUCCAAUUGUCCUCACUGGAAGAGGAGUUCAACUUCCUUCCCGCCACCCGCUUUUAAAGAUUAAAAAAACACCGAAGGCUUGUCCACUACAUGGAGAGAGAUGGUUGCAGACUGCUCUGUUGAAGAAAUGCAAGCCAGUGAAGAGAGAACUCCAACAAUUGACUUAAAAGAACAAAAUCCAGAUAUUGUUGAAAAUUCAGAGUCAGGUUCAGAUGAUGAAGGUUCUUCAGAAUCUGGAAAGAGUGAGUCUGAACAUAGAAGCUCCGACUCAUCUGAGGCAGAACUUGAUGCCAAUGAAACGACUGCUGAGGAUGGCCAGCCAAAUAAUAAUCCAGAACAAGCUGCAGAUGACCCAUCCUUGCCAAGACUGCCACCAGAAAACUGCAGAACUGAAGAAACAACAACUAAUCCAUCAGACACAGAUUUAUACGUCAAGCCAUCGUGUCCUAGCUGCAACUGUCAAACGAAUCAAAAUUUUGAACAAGUACCACCAAGGCAGAUUUCAAAAGACCGCUUCUGUAUGAAGUUGGAUCAUGAAGGAAGCUAUCAAUGUGUCGCUACUGGUCUCGUAUUUGAAGUGACAGGAAAGGUUGACAUAAUUUACUCAAUUCUGUCUUGGUAUAAAUAUGAUACAUUUCUGAAAGAAAAAUGGAAGCUUUGUGGCCCACUGUUUGAGGUGAAGAGUGAUCCAGCUUUACUAAAGAGCAUUUACUUCCCUCAUUCUCUCUGCUUGUCAGACCAUUCAGCCGAUUUACAAUUUGGAAUUUUACAUAUAAAGGACAAGAAACCGAAAAUAGAGCCAGUUGUUGACCAUUCAACGACACACGUUCAUUGGAAUGUGAGCUCCUUAUCACCAGUUGGACCAAUCUGUAAUACUCCUUCUGACGUCAUUCAACAUCAUGGUGUUGUGCUGAUUUACAAAAUUAUUAAUAGCUACCAGUCUUUAUUAUUUCACGUGUAUAUGGCAACAAACAAUCACUCUGUCAUUAAGGAUAUCACAAAAGCUGAAAAAUAUUCAAAACAGAAAUCUGUAAAAAUUGAUAAGCCUACUCCAUGCCAUAAAAAGCUGAUUACUGGCAAAACAUAUCGACUCCUGAGUAACCCACAAGCUGAUAUAACACCUGGGGAAAUUGCAUUUGAAGAUAUGACGCCUCUUAAAUGUAAAGGUUAUUUUGAAGUGUUUUUGGAACAACCAGAAGAUUUUCAACUAACGUUAAUGGACGUAGAUUCAGGUGAAACAAUGUGGACCUCAAAACUGCGGGAGUGUGACUGGGCACACCAUGAUCAGGAUGAACAAGGAAAACCAAGAGACUUUAACAAAAACAGGAGAAGAAAAUCAAGCAAUGACAAUAUUAUGGAAGAGAGCAGUUCCAAAAGAUCUCGAUGGAAUGAUACAAUUGAUGGACCACCGUGCAAUAAGAAUAAUACUAUCACUGAGAAGCAAUUAAUGCAAUUUGCUGAAAAAUUGGGGAGUAAUUGGCAGGUCUUUGCUAUUAGUUGUCUUGAUCUGCAGUCCCAAGAUAUUGAUAAAAUUAAGGACCAAAAUGCAUCACCUACGAUGCAAAUAUUCUACAUGUUGCAAAAAUGGAAAAAUAAUGAAUCAGGCAAUGCAACACCCUCCAAUCUUCGAAAAAAACUAAUUGAUGCAAAUAUUGAACCUGAAGCCAGGAUUCUCCUAGAAGGUUUCUGUAAUCAAUAAAGAUGCAUGAAGAACAUGAUGAGUAGACUAUGUCAGUAGAUGUCUUUCUGAACGAUGGUAUAAACUCUGCCACAAUAAGUUGCAGUUUGGUUAUUUGCAAGUUACGUUUUUAUAUUGUACACUUCAUUAAAAAAAAGCAAGAAUUUAAUUUAAUUUUUGUACAUUAUUAUCUGAACGAAGCAACUCAGCAGAGAAAUUGCUUUUACAAGCACACUAAAUAAAUUGGCGUAUGUAGAUCUGCUUCAAAAUGUAGAACUUUGUCUAUCUCUUACAAGCAUUAAUCAUCACUUGAACAUAAUGUAAAAUUUUCUAGAUUAUUGACAAAAAACUGGUGUAAAUUGUGGUUAUAAAAUGUGGAACAUUUGUACAAAAGUUUGAGUGCCUGGAGCCUACUUUUAUAUAUGUUUAGAAUUAUAGUUGGAUAGA